UUCCAACCUUCAUGAUGUCGUCGAAAUUUCAGUUCUUGGCGUUCAUCGCCGCCGUGUUAAUUAAUGGUACUCAGAGUGCAAAUAUUCUUGCUGUAUUUAGUUGCCCCAGUCCCUCACAUCUGAUAGUGGAAAUUUCAAUGGCCAAGGUGCUGGCUGAGAAUGGGCACAACGUGACAGUGGUUACAUCUAUGAAGCCUCAUGUAACGCAUAAGAAUAUGCAUAUUAUUCAAGUGGAUUUAACCGAAGAGGAGAAUCGAUCAAUGAAGGACACAAUGGCCAAACUGACGGCAAGAGAUAACUCCGAUACAUUGUCAGCCUUAUUUCGAAUGCGGCAACAAUUUGAAUUCAUGUUUAACAAGAACAGAGAUGUCAUGAAGGAUCAACGUGUAAAGGAUCUCUACGAGAACAAGGACAACAAGUUUGACUUGGUGAUGAUUGGAUAUUUCCUGAAUAACUUUCAGAUCGGCAUAGCACAAAAACUAAAGGUGCCCGUUGUGUUGGCAUCUUCAAUGUUUCAAUGGGAAAUAUUUUACAGUACGUUAGGCAAUCCAAGAGAGAUUGCAUACGUGCCAAAUAUUGGAGUAUUUGGUAAAAUUGGCAGCACUUUAACAUUUUCACAGCGCGUUUUCGGCUUGAUUUCAUUUGCGAUACAACGAGUAUUCACCUAUUUCCUGGAAAAAGAUAAUGCUGCGCUUUACUAUGAACUUUAUGGAGAUGAUCCAAAUAUGCCACCAUAUGAGGAAAUCAACAAGAAUGUAUCACUCGUUUUAUUCAACACUCACGGCCUUAGCGAAGGUCCAAUUAGGCCAAAUAUGCCGGGAGUUAUUGAAGUUGGAGGUAUUCAAGUUAAGGAACAACCUGAUCCAUUGCCCAAAGACAUCGCCGAAUUUCUGGAUAAUGCAACAGAUGGCGCUAUUCUUCUGAGUUUGGGAUCCAAUAUUCAGGGCAAAUUUUUAAAGCCCGAAACGGUGCAGAAGAUGUUCAAUGUUUUAUCGAAACUCAAACAACGGAUCAUUUGGAAAUGGGAGGAUCUCAGCAAAACUCCUGGCAAAUCUGCGAAUAUUAUGUACUCCAAGUGGCUACCUCAGGAUGAUAUUCUGGCUCAUCCUAAGAUUGUGCUCUUCAUAAACCAUGCUGGACGUGGCGGCAUUACAGAGUCACAGUAUCACGGAAAACCAAUGUUAUCUCUACCGGUCUUUGGAGAUCAGCCCGCAAAUGCUGAUAAAGUUGUAUUUGAUGAAUUCGGCCUCAGCAUGAGUUUGUUAACACUGGAGGAGAAGCCUUUCCGCGAUAACAUUUUAGAAAUCUUGGAGAACCCAAAGUAUACACAAAAUGUUAAAGCCUUUUCCCAACUGUUUCGAGAUCGUCCGAUGACUGCAAGGCAGACAGUGCUCUACUGGGUCGAAUAUGUACUACGCUAUCAUGGCGCACCUCAUCUACAGAGCCCUCUUCUACAUAUGAGCUUCAUAACAGCGAACAACUUGGACAUUUUCACCAUAUUAUUUGUAGUUUUGAUAGUUGUUGUAUUUGUCAAUGCGCUUAUUUUACGUUUGGUUUACAGAAAGCUAACAGGGAAAUCAAAAAAGAAUGAAAAUACUAAAACCAACAAAUUAAAAACCAAUUAAACAUAGCAAAUUAUGUACAAUAGUGAAUACAAUAAAUUAAUAAGUAGCCAAUUUUACAAA